AUGAAUGGUUCCAAAAUAAUUACCGAGUCAUUCGAAAAAUAUAACAUUCGUCCAAAAUGGCUAUUUUAUAGACAUGAUAAGCCUUUGCUGUUCUCUCAAGACAAUCAUCAAACACAACAAUUUCCUGUAACAGACAAUUUAAUUAAUUAUAUUUGUGGAGAUAUUGUGAGUAAUGAUGGAUACUGUGCUGUCUAUGAUAACUAUGACCCACAACAAUUAUUUCAUCCUCGAAAACGAAAUAUUUACAUUUAUUGUUACAAAAUAAGCGAUCCAAAUAAUUUAGGAUCAAUUAUUCGAAUGAGCUUUGGAUUUGAUAUUUCUGCAAUUUUCUUGAGCGAAGAUUGUGUAUCACCGUUUACUGAGCGAUGUGUUAGAAGUAGUCGAAAUUAUAUUAUGAAUAUUCCAGUUUUUCACUUGCCGUUAGAAGAAUAUAACACAGUCAUACAUGAACACUUGAAUUGUGAUUACACCUUGAUUGCAGAUGCUUCUUCUUCUCAAAAACAUACCAUAAAAUCAAUUCUUGGAAUUAACAACUCUCAACGAAAAUUGGACAAUAUUUGCCUUGUCAUGGGAAAUGAGCAUCAUGGAUUUAUGUAUCAAGAUCGAGAAUUCCAAAAGGUCAUGUCUCAAAUACCCAAUAAGGAAUUUGUGUAUAUUCCCAUGAAGAACAAUAUAGAUUCUUUUUCUGUAAGUCAUGCAGCAGGAAUUUUAAUGUAUGAAUUGUCGAAUAAUGAUGUCAAAAUGAGACGAUAA